AUGGCUUCGUUUGAGGAAUUUCCUCACGCCUCCACUCUUCCACGACGUGCGGGUGGCAACGGUGGCCUUCCUCCGGGUUUGGAGGGUAGUGCCAAUGGCACAACUAAUAAUAGUUUGAAUAUUCCAGGUUCUGGUGUUGCAGGCGGUAAUAUUCUCUUUCAACCACCUUCUCCUCAAGCCACGAGACGUCGAUUCCCCACAGUCAAUGCUACAUCUGUUAAUGCUGCUACACAAAAGGGAGAUGCAACGAGCAAUAGUCAUCGACCCCCUCCGCCUGUGGCCUCAAGACCAGAGCAGACUAAGUCUAUUUACACUAUCCCCGUUGAUACUUCUGACACAACCCCUAAGCCCCAGACCCACCGAACAGCAGCCCCCAACCGUUCUUCCAAAAAGUCGUCUCAAAGGGAUCGAGACACCAGUACCAAUAGGAGGGAGGGUAAAGAUGACCGCUUUACCUCCUCCUCCACCGCAGCCUCCUCCCCAUCACCCAAGCACAAGGUUGCGGCGACUGUCCCUGCGGACCUCGCUUCCUCGAAAUCCAAGUCCUUUCAGUCCAAAUCCACAUCGCACCAGCAUCAGCACCAUCAUCACAGUGGUGGUGCCAGCGGCGGCGGCGGCGGCAGUAGCGGAGCUGCGGAUGCAAAUAACCACCAACACAAUCACAAACACGAGGGCGAUCAUAGGGUACUCUUGGCGAAGAUGAAGAGCAGAAUGACGGAUGAGGAGGUUUACGCUAAUCUCAGACUGCUGGUCAGUGAGGGCAGCCCCACGGAUAAGUAUAGGAAGCUGGAGAAGAUUGGCCAAGGAAAUUUCCUGCCUGAGAGCUUGCAUUUGUAUGGUUACAAAUCCAAGGCUCUUCUCAGUGAACAAAUAUGGUCUCAUAUGAUCCAAAAUGUGCAAUUGGGUCAUGCCAACUGGAAUGUGCAGUGCCUUAGUUCCUGCGACCCAUUUCAUAUACGUUGGUGGCAUGUGACUGCUUAUGUGGGAGGUGGUGGUGGUGGUGGAGGUGGUUUAGGUGAUCGAGGAUUGCUGAUUCUAGCUACCUCAGCUACUGGUAUUGUGAGCCUCGGAGUAGAAAUCGCCACAGGUCGUCGAGUGGCCAUUAAACAGAUGAAUCUGAAACUCCAACCUAAGAAGGAGUUAAUUGUGAAUGAAAUCUUCGUGAUGAAAAAGAAUAAGCACGUCAACGUGGUCAACUACCUCGAUUCCUACCUGGUGGAAGCUGACGAACUUUGGGUCGUCAUGGAAUACCUGGACGGAGGUUCCUUGACGGAAGUUGUUACAGAGACACUAAUGGAUGAAGGACAGAUUUCCACUGUCUGCAGGGAGGUAAGCUUUUAUCCGUUCUGA